AUGCUCUUGACUUCUUUGCUUGAAUCUGGUCCAAUUUUUUCUAUCCGCCUAAUAAAUAAAGAAGAAGAAUCUAUGCAUGUAGCAAACGUGACUACGCAUACUACUGGAAAGAUAUUGUUAUUGAAUUACAAAAGGUGCAUAUUUCAAGGUGACUAUAAGCUCAUAUACAAUGAUAAGGACAUCCAGCUUUCUGAUACACUUAAAGAAUUGGGAAUUAAGAAAGGAAAUAUAGUAUAUGUAGCACCUAGAAGACGUAAAAAUUCCAAUGGAUCUAAGAGAAUAGAGUUCGAUUUUACACCCGAUAAACCAAGAAGCUCAAUGACAAUUUUCUUGAAGACGCCUAGCAAAAAAACAGAACUGGAGGUAUACUGGAGUGAUACAAUUAGUCAUAUUAAGAAUAUGAUCCAUAAUUUGGAAGGUAUUUCCCCACAAAAACAAAUUGUUACUUUUAAUGACAUUGAAUUGGAAGGUCAUUAUACUUUGUCGUAUUACAAUAUUCAAAAGGAAUCGACAUUGUAUCUAACCUAUAAAGAAAUGAUUAUUUAUAUAAGAAUGGAGACUGGAGAAACAAUAGAACAUGAGUCAACACCUCCUGAUAAUUCCAUCCAUAAAAUUAAAUCAAUGAUUGAGGAUAAAAAACACAUCCCCUUUGCAAUGCAGCGCAUCACUUUUAAUGGAAAAGAAUUAUAUGACGAUUGCAUCCUGCCAUCUUACGAAAUCAAAAAUCGGUCUGUAAUUAAUCUAGAGAUUAAAUCAAUGAUUUUCGUAAAAAAAAAUACCGGAUUAAUUAUAAACAUAGAUGCGGAGACAAAAGAAACGAUUAAACAGAUUAAACAAAAGAUCCUGGAAAAAGAAUUCCUCCCUGUAGAACAAUUAUCUCUCUUUUUUUUAAACAAGGAAUUAUGUGAUCAAAAUACAUUAUCGUAUUACGAUAUUCAAAAUGGAUCCACAUUGGAUCUAGGAUACAAAGAAAUAAAGAUUUUUGUUAAUGCAAUAGACGGAAAAGUCAUAGAACUGCGAGUAAAGAGAGAUUACAAAGUUGAGACUAUUAAAAAAAUGAUCCAGGAUAAAGAAGGCAUUCCAUAUCACCAACAAUAUCUUUUUUUUCAUGAUUUAAUGCAAGAUCAUGAAUUCUUGUCAUCAUGCUAUAUCAGAGAAGGGUCUACAUUGCGUUUAGAAUAUGAAAAAAUGACAAUCAAUGUCAAUUUGAUGGGCAAAAAAAUCAUAAAGCUAGGAGUAGAAAAAAAUUUCACCAUCGAACAAGUCAGGCGAAUGAUAGAAGAGAAAGAAGGCAUCUCCUUGAAUCAAGUUCAUCUCGAAUUUUCUAACAAUAUCUUGUUUUCCGAAAAAACCUUAAUUUCUUAUCAUGUUACUAAUGAGUCUACCUUAGACUUAUGCAAUAAUUAUUUUAGUGAUAAUGAUAAUGUAUAUGUGGUACUAUUGAGUGGAAAGAAGAUAAAUCUGUCAGUGGAAUCAACUAACACCAUUAGCGACCUUAAAUUAAAGCUAUAUGAAAAAGAAAAAAUCCCUCACGAUCAACAACGUCUUAUUUAUGGGAGAAAGCAAUUAGAAAACCAUCGUCUCUUGUCUGACUAUCCUAUCGAAAGAGAGUCUUUAAUCCAUCUUGUACUUGCAUUACGUGGCGGGAUGUUUCAAGAAACUAGUGGUCGAAAUGAAUUUAAUGCAUUGCCAUCACUUACACAAUAUACAAUAACACCUGAGGAACGUCUAAGUAAGGGAAUUCAUGCUGGUAUUGUCUGUAAUUAUUGUAGAAAACGCGAAUGGAAAGGGAUGAGGUAUAAAUGUUCAGAAUGCCUUGAUUAUGACUUGUGCUUUGAUUGCAUCAAAAUGUCCAACCUGCUUCAUAAUGUGCAACAUCAUUUUCUGAAACUCACGGACCCCGUAGAUCCAAAGGCGACUCACGAAGAUAUCUUAUCUGCUUCUGUUAACAUCUUCCCAAUAUUACCUGACACAAAAGAGAAAUUGUUGACUCUGUUACGUGAGGAAGAGCGCCGAAGGCUUUCACCAGAAAUGCAAAGAAAGUAUUAUGAAGUUGGUAAUGAUCCUACAUGUGGUAUGGAUUGGAUGGAUGUCACUGAUCAGAUGCAGCAUGAGUUAGUUCGAGAAUUUGGAUAUUCGGAUGAAGCAGUGCAAUUAUUACGGCGUGCGCCACAACUUUAUCCGAACGAUCCUGAAUUUCACACAACUCAAGUAUAUGUUCGAAACAAUAUUGCCAAUAUUGGAAACCUUACCGAAGGAAUGUCGGCGCCUGAUUGUUCAUUGAUUCCCCUCGAACCUUCUAUGUUCAAAACAAUGGUUAUUAAUAGUAACACCAAUUCACCAAAUAUGGUUUCUUUGCGCUUACUUUAUAAAUCAGGGCGACCUCUUGUUCUAUUUGGCGGAUCCUAUACUUGUCCCUUAUAUAGAUACAUAUCUCACGUACUUAAUGAUAUAUAUACUCGAUAUAAAGCGCAAGUCGAUUUUUAUAUGAUUCAAAUUCGAGAAGCCCAUGCUUCCGAUGUUUGGCCUAUUGGUAAUAUUGUUGAUGUCAAGGAGCAUCGCACAUUAUCUGACCGUCUGACCGCUGCACGUGAGAUGGUCGAAAAAACCCAGUUGAAAAUUCCAGUACUAGCAGAUACAAUGGACGAUAGUUUCUUAAAAUUGUAUUCACCAUGGCCAUUCCGUUUUUUUAUUGUUAUAGAUGGUAUUUUAAAACUUGUAGGGAUGCCAAAAGUAGCGCAUUAUGAUACAACGGAUCUUGUUAAAUGCUUGGAUGAUAUUUUAUGUAGCAAUAGGAAUUAA